AUGGAAAAAAGCUCGACUGGCAACGACCAGAACACCGUAGCGGAGAUGCCGUCUACCAGUUCGGCCUUGGGGGAACAGAAGCCUCUUGCUGGAACCAUGGAAAAGGAUGAAGCACCAGCUCGCUGCUGGUUGAUCUCUCCCGACGAGUAUUCGGGCUUGGGAGAGCAGACGGUGAGGCAACAGGUGAGGGACAACGCGGGGGCCACUUUGCAGGUGAACAUCGAGGAUAGUCGGUUCUACUGCAUACCAAGGCUGCUCAAGUGCUAUUCGGUGUGGUUUGCAAGCCGCGAUUGGCGUGCCAACAAGUUCAACUUUUUGCCAAGUCAGGUGCCGGCCAGAGGGUUCGAGUGCGCCUACGAAUGGUUGCGCUUCCAGAAGCUGCCCAGCACUGCGGACGUGGUCUAUACACUCCAGGUAGCCAAGUACCUGAAGAUUGACCUGCUUGAACCCAUAUGCUGGGCGGUGCUGAACGCCGAUAGUCUGCGCGAGAAGGCUGCCUUUAUGGUGUUUCGGCAGGCAAAGCCAUACCCGGAUCUGCAGGAUGUGUGCAAUGCGAUGAGCGGAAGGAUUCGCAAUUACUUCCUAGCGCUCGUGGGGAGCGAAUACUUCACCGAGCUAUCAGUUGACGACCUGGAAAACCUACUCAAGCGCGACUCCAUCGGCGUCAACUCCGAAAUAGAGGUCUUCUUCCUGGUGCUGCGCUGGAUGAACCUGGCGCGCCACGAAAGGGUGCAGCAUCUGGGCCGCCUAAUGGACUGCGUUCGAUUCAGUCUCAUGCCGAUUGCCUUUCUGUGGACACUGCGCGACGGUUUUACGCACCCGGACAAGGAUCACCUCUUCUCGGCCGACCCCAUGCUGCUCGCCUUCUACACGGAUCCCAAAACCGAAACGAUCAUUACCGCUGCCUUGUCCUACGUAGCCACGGCUGAUGCUUUCCUUGGCGACUAUGACAGCUAUUUGGAUCACAUGAAAGAGCAUCGUUUGCCAGUGACCUAUCCGCGCAAGUACGUCUACCAUCACCAGUGCCCGUACCACCAGCUCGUGCUAGGAGUUUCUGGCGUACAACUAAAUUUCAAAGCCAACGACAUUGAACAGUACAUCGGUGGCUUGCAGGAGCUGUGGAAGGGAGACGGGCCGCCAUCGCAUGGGGACGAGUUGGUCGCCGAUGCGCAGCAGGACCACUUCGCCAAUAAUGCUGCAGUUGUUUUAUGUUGAUUUAUAUCUAUAAUAAAUAAUAACUGCCGCUUACUGGAACCAACAG